AUGCGCAGCCGAACUCCCCCUUAUGACGAGAGGCCGAACGAGGGGGCGGGGCCGGACGAGGGGGGGGUGACUCACAGACCCCGCCCCUUUCCUCUUGGCUUCCUCGUACCACGUGUUCCCCCGGCCACGCCUCCAGCCGCCCUUCCCAACGGCCUGUGGGAAGCUGCUGCAAAAUGUCGUGAGGGGCGUCACCGCUUUACGGUCGCCUCUCCCCGACGAGAGGCCGGGAGCGCCCACCGCCGCCAGCCCCGUCUCCCAGAGUCAGCCCGGCGGAGAGCGAGCGACCCGGCGCCCCGCCGCCCUCCCCGCCGCCGCGCCGGCCCGGCCCCCGGCGCUGUGGCUGGAGGAGGCCGCGCUGCCCCCUGGCCCGGGGCCCAGACGGGCGGCGGUGCCUGUAGGACGGGCGGGUGCUGGGGGCCGGCCGGCAGGAGGGAGGAGACCAUGGAGGAGGAGGAGGGGGGCAGCUACGAGGCGAUGAUGGACGACCAGAACCACAACAACUGGGAGGCCGCGGUGGACGGCUUCCAGCCCCCGCCGCCCCUCGCCGACGCCAGCCCCGCCCGCGAGCCGCCAGGGGGCGCUGCCGGCGCCGGCGGCCUCGGCGGACAGGAAGGGCCCCAAGAGGGGCUCCCGCUGGGGCCGCCGCCGGGGGCCAAUGGGGAGGUCAUGAUGGUGAAGAGCUGCGACGCCGCCGCCGCGGCCAAGGGGGUCCCCGCCCCCGGCCCCGGCUCCACCAUCAGCAUCAACAGGUCCACCUCCAAGUUCCUAAUGAAUGUUAUAACUAUUGAAGAUUAUAAGAGCACAUACUGGCCAAAAUUGGAUGGUGCCAUAGAUCAGCUUUUAACCCAGAGUCCUGGUGACUAUAUCCCCAUAUCCUAUGAACAGAUAUACAGUUGUGUGUAUAAAUGUGUAUGCCAGCAGCACUCAGAACAGAUGUAUAGUGAUCUGAUUAAAAAGAUACCUAAUCACUUAGAGAGAGUCUCAAAGGAGCUGCAGGCCAGCCCUCCAGAUCUCUAUAUUGAAAGAUUUAAUAUAGCUCUUGGACAGUAUAUGGGAGCAUUGCAGAGCAUUGUGCCUCUUUUCAUAUAUAUGAAUAAGUUUUACAUCGAAACAAAACUUAACAGAGACUUAAAAGAUGACCUUAUAAAGCUGUUUACGGAACAUGUUGCAGAAAAGCACAUUUACAGCCUAAUGCCUUUACUUUUAGAAGCCCAGUCAACACCAUUUCAGGUCACACCUUCAACUAUGGCAAACAUUGUGAAAGGCCUGUACACUCUCCGACCAGAGUGGGUUCAGAUGGCUCCAACUCUAUUUUCUAAAUUUAUUCCAAAUAUCCUCCCUCCGGUGGUGGAAUCUGAACUUUCUGAAUAUGCUGCUCAAGAUCAGAAACUUCAAAGAGAACUCAUGCAGAAUGGUUUUAUGAGAGGUGACCAGUCCCGGAAGAGAGCUGGGGAUGAGCUGACUUAUAACAGCCCUUCAGCCUGUGCGAGUUCCAGAGGGUACAGAUAGUGACUGUGUUGAAGGUACUUUCCUUCCUGCCACAAGGACACACCGGAGCUGCAGAGACUUCCGAGCACAGCGGGUCCUGCUCUCAGGCGCUCUCCCAAGGCUGUUCUCGGGAGAGGACGUCGGACUUCUUUGACUUGUAAUUUUAAAAAAACAAAACAAAAUUUUAACAAAAAAACUGUCAGUUGCUGCUAGACUCGGGGAUGAUUUUGAAAUGGGACAAUCUUUUAAUGAAAUCUAUUAAUCCAUGAGGAACAGGCAUCUUGAAAAGUGACCGUUGCUACAUGUAAUCUGGCAGCCCAAAUCAGCAGCUUCCUCCAAAAAUAUAAGAGCAGAAGAAUUUUUAUAGCACUGUUUUAUUCAUUUGUGGACUUGGCGCUCGGCAUAGUCAUGUCACACAUCAAGAUACGUUUAGCUUUAAAAUCGAGCAGAUCAUUACAAUACAGUAUUUUUCACCCCUAACCAAAACAAACUCCUUUAAAAGAGUUGGUCUUUGUUUAGAUUUAGAAAGUCUUGUGAAAGGAAAAUGCUUAUUCUGUUUUUGCUAUUCCUUCUCACCCAUUAGCUCACAACUUCUUUCUACUCUGUGCCUUGAGCUUUGUGCACUUUGCAACUCCGUGACCAUGUUGUCAAACUCACAGAUGCUUCCGGAAAAAGCUAAUGGUAUCGUGGGUUAACCCUCCAAGAUGUCAGGAGUGGCUUCAUAGCAGGAUGCUGAGUGAGUGGGAAAAUGAAACGUCGCCUAUUGGUCAGAUUGCCCCCGCUUCACCAUGGCAUACUCAUCUUAACGUCAGGGACCAACUCUUACGGAACAUUUCCAUUCCCUCUGUCUCUUAACAUGACUUCACCAGCUGCUGUCGUAUUGGCAUCGCGCUAGUCCAGGCGUGGCCAGCACUUCGGCAAUAAAGCUCCCCUUUCAAUGUGGAGAAUCAUCCAACAGUAAAAGCUGGCUCCCGAGAUGCUCUAGGAAGCGGAUAUGGUUAUUAAAUCCCAAUGUAAUCAGUGGUGUGGGAUUCCUGAUCCAUUUCAUUUUAAAUGGGUAGGAUAAAUACUUUUUUUUUUUUUAAGUCUGUAGUCUGCAUCUUGUGAACAUUGUGUCUAAGUCUGAAAAGAAGUAGCGCUGCUGUGUUUGAGGCCCCUUCCGGCUGUGGGCAAGCUGUGUGUUUUGUUUUUCUGCACCCACAGUGCUAUUUAGUUAUUUAGACUCUGAAGCAUAUUCUAGCUGUUCUUGAAAGGCAAAGAAAAAUAGAAAGAUUUGGAAAAUGGCAAAAAACUUUCUUCUCAAUUCUGUUUGACUGUAAAUGGGGCGCUAUGCUUGAGUCUAUGAGGCUAUGUCAGACUAACGGUCACCUCUUCAGAGAACUUGAAGCAGAAAAAGAAGACGGUAGGGACACCGUCACACUUCUGACUUGCAGGAUUUUUUUAGAGUUGCCUCUGCCAAUUCAGUUUGUCCUUUAGGGAGUGGGAGAGAGAGAAGUGUGAUCUUAGGAACGUGUAAGUCAUCUAAUGGAAGUCCUCAGUGUGAAGUCAUUACUCAGAGAAGUAAAAGGAAAGGUGGUCAGCUUUUAUUUUUCUAAGCACUUGUCAACCAGAGUUGAUGGAUUUUGUGGAGGCCGUGAGUUAGACUAAUUCUGUGAGUAUUUUGGAUUGUAUUUCUGAACACUGAAUUGCUGUAAGAAUAUACACGGGUACUGCCUGUGCCCUGAGUAGUUUGAUUUGCUGCACCAGUAACAUUCUAGUAUCAAGGGAAAAUUCCCUUUUACCACGAAGGCCAACUUUUACCUUCUCAAUGGACUGCUUGUUGCAGGCUUAUCAAUAACACCUGCAACUAAAGUCUCUCCUGAGUGGUUUUAAUAAUAACUUCUUCGGAAAUAAAAUUGAUUUUUAAGAAAAAUGUUGAUAGGUUCUUCAGUAAUUUAAUAAUAUACCCAAAUGCUUUUCUGGGAGAGACUAUUGUUUGGCCAACAACAACAGAACUUUCCCUAUAAAAGCAUUGUAUUAUGAUGUGAAUUGGCAUUAAAACGUUUGGAUGUUUUUGUAUUAAGUAAAUUGAGAAAUAUUUUAUAUUGUCUUUUUAUUUGUAAAAAAAAAGUGGGCAGAAUAGAGUCUGUGAAAGUUAGUUUUUGUAAAGUUUUGGGCAGUGACUGAGCCAGCUCUGGGUCAGGGUUGGUCCUGCAAAGCCGGAGGGGAGACCCUGUAGGAGGCAUCUCCACUUUCUCCUGGCCCAUGUGACCUGUCAUUUCUCAUUUUCACCCCUGAGGUACAUUGCUGUAUGAAGAACUCAUUUCUUUAUUUCAAGCCAAAGUUGACCUUGUUUAAUUGGGGUUCUUAGCUAAAUUCUUCGUUUGCAACACGAGAAGAAAUAAGAUUUGUCCUCCAUGUUUGUUUUGAUGAAGCAUUGUUUGCCAGAAAGUAUUUUCUCAUGUUUACCUAUAUUCUUGCCAGGAUAGUAUAUAGUUUCUCCACCCAGUUGACUUUUGUGGGGCCCAAGUCAGAAAAUUGUACAUGCAGGUCGAUUGUCAACGAGUUGAUUUGGCUAAAUUGACUAGUGUGUUGUGUGCAGCCUACACCUAAAACCUUCCAAAAGCAAGCCAGUCCAAUCCCAUUGGAGUCCUGGCAUGAAAAAGUAUAAAUAGAAGAUAAUGGUUUUGAGAGACGGUACUUUACAGUUGGCUCGAAUCUUCAGUAACAGGGUCCUCUGAUGCCCUCUGUUGUCACGGCCGUACCCUAGUCUAGCAACUACUAUGUUUUUUGUGGGGCAGAAAGCAAACCCUGACACAUAGUUCUUAUGUAGAAUCUGUGAGAAGAAGUACCAACCUGGAUGCAGGAGUUGUGUGUUACUACAUUUUACAUUUUUCUGUCCCUUUUACAAGUUUGAGGCAGCUCCCUCCAUUUCUUCGGGGCACAGGAUGGAAACCCAUUUGUGAGUGAGAGAGAUUGCAGGAGAAAGGAUGCCCGAGGCUGUGACCACUGCACUGCAGCCCCAGCAGUGCAGCCCCCUCAAGCUGCCGGUCCCCUGUUCCAUGCUUCCCGCCGGGUUGCAGAUUUGCACACACAAAGAAUUCCUCAGGAAGAGUUGGCACAUACAUCACCUUGCAGUGUUCUGUGCUGACUGCAUAGGGAUUCGAGCGCCCUUCAGCACAGAGAGAACUCGGAGUAGUGGUCUGUGCACACACGCUAGCAGAGGUACGGUGAUCCAGCGGACACGAAGGUUUCUGCAGGUAUGAAGUGAGCAGGAGCACUUGUAUCCUAGUCUUGCAUAAAUCCGUUUACUCUCCC